AUGAAGCGGGAAGCCGAGAGAGCAGCCGGGGAAGCGGCAGCCAAGAUGGCGGACUUGCAGAGGAGAUUCGAGGAGGCAGAGGAGAGGAGUUCAGCGGAGGAAGCCGCGAGAAGGAGAGUGGGUGAUGCCGGGUAUGCAGCAGGUAACAUGAGGAUAGGCGGCGCUGGCUAUGCGCCUGGGUACCAUAGCUGGGAUGGAGCUGCCGGAGGGGCGGCUACUUUGGGAGCCGGGGGGACGGCUAGUUUUUUCGAUGAUCGGAGGCAGCAGCAGCGUGACCGCGAUUACGUGCUGAAGGACUGGAAGCCACCGGUACACGACAGCAACUUCCCACUGUUCAAGUCGCUGUUCGAGCUCUUGCUCGCCCGCGAAGAUCUAUCACACACACUCGCCAAGCCGGCGAGUCCAGACCAAUGCAUCUGGCUCCUCAAUGGACUGCCAAGGAGCGAAAACGUCUGCUUGCACGGUGAGCGUCGCGUGAGCGAUCAUGAGUAUGCUUUUGAGUACUUGAUGCGCGCCAGGAAGGGAGCAAACUUGCAGGCUAGAAUCCUUGCCGUUGGGACUGUGUCUGGGGCGUGGGAGGCUGCACAACAGUUCUGCCUGCCAAUGAGUAACUUCGAGCAGGAGGCACUGAAGCUGUCUCUCACGAACAUGAAGAUGCAGCUUGGAGAGGACCCAAAGGAGUACCUUCUUAGGUUCGACAGAGUGUUGUCUACGCUCCGCGCCGUCAACGGCGAUGCGAUCACGGAUAGAGAAGUCCUCGCGAUGCUUCGUAGGAACCUCUCCGCCGACUACGAACAGGUCCACAUUCUCUUCAUGGCCAACAGCUCGCUCACGCGCAAGAACUUGGAGAAUCUUGUGCGUAGCCUCUACGCCGAGAGAGACCUCGGGAAUGUUGCGCGGCGGACGGCAGCGGUAACGGCGACACACACGCUCUUCGUGUCGGCGGUGGAAAUUUUCGGCGGGACUGUUGGGCACGGUUGUCUCGUCAACAGCAGCACGGUCGACAGCAGUCCUGCGGAAGUGUUCACGUACAGCAACCGUUGCAGCAGCAGUGGAGGUACGACGUGUUUGGCAGAGGGUGUACUUUUCAGCAGCAGCAACAACAACCGUGCGUGCAGCAGAGGUUCGUGCCACAGCCAUCGGUGCAGCAGCAGCCCAUGCCACAGCAGCAGUCUCGUCAACACCAGCAACCUCUACGGUCCUGCAACGGCGCUCCUGGUACAGCUCCAGCUUUCGCCGGCGGACCGUUUCAGCAGCAGUGGAGGAACGGCGAGUUUGGCGGCGGGUCUACGGCCGCAGCGGCAGCGGCGGCGGCAGCAUCGGCGAGCGUCGGCGGCGCGGACGGGUUCGGCCAGAGCGCCGUCACCGACAGCAGCAUCGGCGGGAGCGGAGGUGGUGCGGACGGUUUCGGCCAGAGCGCCGUCCCCAACAGCAGCAUCGGCGGUGGCGGCAUCGGUCACGGGGGGAACGGCAGCAGCAGCAGCAGCGGCGGCGUCCCCGGUCGCCGCGUUGGUGUUGGGUGUCCAGACGGCCGCAGAAGCGGCGGUGUCAACAUCGGUGACUGGGGCAACGGCAGCGGCGGCAGCAGCAGCGGAGUCCCCGGUUGCCGCGUUGGCGUCGGGUAUCCAGACGGCCGCAGCGGCGGCGGUAGCGACAUCGACGAUGGGGGAAACGGCAACCGGCGACAGCAGCAUCGACGUCCCCGGUCGCCGCGUUGACGUCGGGUGUCCAGACGGCCGCAGCGGCGGCGGCGGCGGCGGCACCGGUGACGGAGUUGCAGCAGCGAGGACAGCGGCGGCGAUGGGAGCGGGGACGAGGGGAGUGGCGGCUUCGGCCAGAGCUCCGGCGGCGACACCGGCGGCAGCAGGAGCAGCGACGGGAGUGGUGGCUUCGGUCAGAGCUCCGACGGCGGCAGAAGACAGCAGCGGCGGCUUUGGCCAGAGCCCCGUCGGCGGAAGCAGCGACAACGGCGGCGGUGGUAGAGACUGCAGCAGCGACGUCACCGGCAGCCGUGUUGUCGCUGGAACUCAUUACGGUCGUAGCGGCGGGGGUACGGCAACGGUGGCGAUGGCAGCGGCGGGAGCAGCGGUGGCGCCCUCGAGUCGACCGGGAACGGAGAGGACACGGUGACGGCGACGACCUCACCUUAUUACAGCCAUGUGGGAGAACAUGUGAAACGUUUACGACUUUGUUCGGUUUUGUGAGCAGACAUGGACGUUUAAGAUUCGCCAUUUGGCUUCGCAUUUGUUCUUUUUAGUUCUGUUUUUCCAUUCCUAGCGCACCGUGCGCAUUGGUGAAGACAACACGUGUGUGCCACAGCGUGUGCAUA